AUGCCAGUGAACCGUGGCCAAGGCCAAACCACAAGGUGGUAUCAACUAUGCUUUGUUCCCACUAGUGCAGAUAGUUCAGAUGAUUCAGACACACAAUCUGUAAUCUUUGAUUCUAGUACUCCAACUAGUACAUGGCAACAACUUUCUUUUUCUCCACCAGAAUCGCCAACGCCGCCGCACCCGCCAAACCCAGAACCCGAAAUAGACUGGCGUUUCCCACCACCACCACCGCCACCAUUUCAAGAUUGGGCUGACAUUGUAUUUCAACAUGGUAGACAUCAACAACCUCAAAGUCACAAACAUGUUGAUGUCAUGAAUGGCAUUAGCCGUGUGAGAAUAUCAGAGUUGCAUGAUAACUCUCACUGUCCCAUUUGCAUGGAGGAGUUCAAAGGGGGUGACCGAGUUGGCCGGUUACCCUGCAACCAUACCUACCACUCUGAGUGCAUUACUCGUUGGCUUAACUACUACAAAGAAACGUGCCCUGUUUGCAGGCUUCAGGUAAAUGGUUGGGAAGGUCAGAGUGGUACUUUUAGCAUAGUGGAUCAUAGUUUGGACCCAGAACCUGAAAUCCCAAACGUGACAGAUAGUAGUGCAAGUGAUAACUCGGAUGAUGAUUAUGAUAGUGCAUAUGAUGAUGAGUUUGGUGAUUCUCAUGAAGAUGGAAACGUAGUUGGUAGUGCUUCUUAG